AUGCGCACUCCGGCUUCCCGAAGGUGGGGAGGGAGGGAGGGAGGCGAGCGCGCUCUCGCGCCGGGCCAGACAGACGGCCGAGGCCCCGGCUUUCCUGUCGCAGUUCAGCGUCGGCAGUGCGCCUGCGCGGCCGCCGCAGCAGGCCGGCGGGAGGCGGGGCCGCGCGUUUCGGAGCGGCUCACUAUUUGGCAGGAAGGCGCGGAGGCCUCUCUCCUGGCAGCGGCGGCCGCGCAAGGCUGAGGGGGAGGCUCCCAAUGUGGCAAGGGAGAGGAGGAGGAGGAGGAGGAGGGCUGAGCAGCGGCGGCGGCGGCGGCGGAGGAGGAGGAGGGGGCCGAGCGAGACAAGGGGAGCCGCCGCAGCAGCAACCGCCGCCGCCGAGGAGCUGAGCGGCCUGGCCGGGCGAGCGGGGGGUUGGCGGAGCCUCUGCAGCACUGGCACCCCCGCCGACGCCGCACCCCCGCCGGGCACCGCGCGCCCGCCCGGGUGCAGGCGGAGGCGGCGGCGACGAGGGCGGACGAGGAGGCUCGGGCAGCGGCAGCAGGUGAGGUAACGGCGGUGAGGGGAGCGGGGGGGGGGGAGGGGAAAGGGAGCGGGAAAAGGAGCCGCCGCCGCGCCGCGCCGCCCUUGGCCCGGCCGGGCAGUACCGGCCACCGCCGCUGGGAGUCGCUGUGGGGGAGCCGCUCCCUUGGCCUGGCCCCUCCCGCCCCGCGUCCCUCGGGGCUGGCGUUAUUUAUUAUUCAUCCGAGGAGGGCGCGCGAUCCUCCUCCUCCUCCCCCCCCUCCCCAGCUAGCUCGAGCCAGGCUUCCCCCCCCCUUCUUCUCUUCUCCCUCUCUUCCCCCCCCCCCGGAAGCUGUUGCUAGGAAGAAACGGGGGGGGGGGCAGCCCGGUUUUCUCCUCCUGUGGGGUGGAAGGAGCGAGAGGGGGACGCUCGUGGUCUUCAAACCCCCCCCCCCCAAAUCUUCCUUAUACACACAUUGCUUCCCUCCCCUCUGUUUUGUGUGUGUGGGGGGGAAGCCUGGGGCCUUUUGUCAUCCUGCAAAAAUAAAAUAAAAUCCCAUUAUCGGAAACAGAGAGCCACGAGGGAGUGAGGGGCGGGGGUAGGUGAGGGGGAAGAGUGUGUGUUUGUGUGUGUGUGUGUUGGUGAAUGGGGGGGGGUGAUGUUGGAUCUGUUGUUGCUAGUGGUGCCCAUGAGAAUGUGGCAAGCCUCGUCUCUCUCACACACAGGCUCUUGCACACUCACACAGACACACACUCAGUCACACAGUCUCAGACAAACACACUCACACAGGCACACACAAUCUCACGCACUCACAGACACUCUCAGUCACACACUCACAGAUUCUCUUACACACACACACACCCUCCAGAAACUUCCCACUAGGUAACGAAAAUGGCCAAGGAGGGAGGCAAACAAAGCUGCCCCAGUGCUUGCCACAGCAGCUUUGUGUGUGUGUGUGUGUGUGUGUGUGUGUGUGUGUCUUGUCAGGCUUUGCUGGGUUCCUUUGUCUGCUGUUGCUGCCUGUCUCUCCUCCCUUCUCUCCUUUCUUUCUGCUUUUCUCCCCUUCUCCUUCUCCUCGCCCUCUCUCCCUCCUCCCCUCCUUUUUUUUUUCCUUUUCUUUUUCCUCUUGCCUUUCCCUCUCCCUCCCUCCCCUCCUCCCUCCCUCCCUCCCCUCUUCCUUCACAGACUCCAAGAGCUGCUGCAGCUGCAGGUUUGUAAAUACUGGACUCACAUCCACACACACACACACACACACACACACACAAGCAAAACAUGGCUGACGCUCUGCUCCCCCCCCCCUUCUGUAGGGCUCAUUUUCUCUCUGCUUCUUGGUCUUUCAUCCACUUGUGCUUUGCCUCCCCCUCUUUUAUUUCCCCUUCCCCCCAACCCACCCAAAAAGGAAGGAAACUGCAGUGUGUGUGUGUGUGUGAGAGAGAGAGAGGGAGGGAGGGAGAGAGAGAGACUUUGAUGGGAUAUAAAGGGAAGGGUCUUUGCUCUGGAGCUUUCUUUUCUUUUCUUUUUUGUACAGUAUGGUAGAGGAAAAGUCCAAAAGAUUCUUGCAAGCUUAGGGAGGCCUCGGGGAGGGGGAGGGGGGUGAGUGGUGCGACCUCUGCUGAGAGGCUUGACUGGAAUGUGCGUAUCUGUCUUCCUAGGCAUGGGGGGAAGGGAGGCUGAUGCACCAAAAAAAAUGUUGGCGGUGGUUAAGGUUAUUAAAUAGGUGUUACGUUAGCAGGAUGCUCAGGGCCAUUCCUUUUAUUUUGGGAUAUGCCUCAUUACCUGGCAUCAUACAGUAUGUUAGCUCUGAACACAGGGUGGCAAUUCUCCCCCCGCCCCCCAGUCUGAUUCAUCCUUUUUUUAGUGCUUCUGCCGUUCCAGAAUCUGAAGUAAUUGUUGAGCUGCGAGAGUUAAAACAUGCAUAUGUUGAUGGUAGUUCAGUUUUAUACAAUAACUUUUCUUCAUAACGACAAGAUAAGUGCGUACAAGGAAGGGCUACACCUCAUUUUGUAGGGUUUCAGUGACUACACAGAUCUAAGAUUCCUCACUACCCCGUGUUGCUCAUUGAAAGCAUCCAAGACUUUAAAAAACAACAACCCCAAAGAUCUUGGCCAGCUACCAGCACCUCCUUCUGGCUUCGACAAAACUUCAUAAAACAGUUUUGAACUGCACACACACACACACACACACACACACACACCUUUAGUUGACAAGGCCCUUUGCAGUUUCUUCUCAUGUAAAAUGACCUUGGGUAUAAUUACAUGCUUUUCUUUAAAGGAGGAUUGUGCACAAGAGUUUUCUUCGGUUCUGUGCCUCCUGUGGGUGACUGGUUGCUACAAGAGAGAUCCCCCCCCCAUUGUGCAUUUUUACUUCUGAGGAUGUUACUAAUGUUUAGAAUGUUGGCUUUGUGUUACUAUUCCUUUGUCCACACAAUAAUUUUGUGGCCUUUGCAUAAUUUAUCACCAGCAAAGUUAGUAGUAUCUUUCAAAAAUACAUAAUGUAACCAAUUGGAACUUAAAUGCUUGGUGGUGAUUGGUAAAAUUGAUUUUGAAAUUGCAGAGCAGAUGGGUAGAAUAAUGGAAUAUUUGUCAAGCUUUGGAAAUUGGAACUCUUGGAUUAGCUGCCACAUUACAAAAUUAUAUAAAUGCAUAGUUGGGAGCCUUUGUUUGAAAUAUUUAUGUUAAGUGGUACGGAUAUAGAUUGUAUAACUGAAAAUAAUUCUAAGUGGCUUACAAGAAUGAAUACAGUCAUAAAGCACAAAGCUAACAUAUUGCAUAUUAUGUAUACAUUAUCAAAUAUGUUCAGUAUUCCGGAAUGAAGAAUUGCCCCUGUACUGAAAUGAAGCUUUGAUUAGUCUCUGCCCACCAAUGGGACCAAGGAAAAUCGGUUGCAGACCAGAUUUUACAAUUGGGAACCUUUUGUUCAGUUUUUGUUGGGCUUUGCAUGCAGCAUUCUUGUUACAGUUGACUUGUUGAUCAGCAAAUGAUGCCCUGCAUCCUGUUCUCAGAGCAGUUAAUAGGGCAGUCUCCAUGGCGGCACACCACUACAGAGUGAAAGUAUAUAAAUAUUUAGCCACACUGUAUUUGUAUUGACUUGUUUUUCUAAACUUUGCUAGGUCUAGAUGCAGAGGAAGCAAGAGUCAAAGGGUGUUCAUGAGGGGAAGUUUCUGAGAAGACUGUAGAACCUGAAAUCUUAGAGAAAAGACUGACCUCAAAGCUUAACACACAGGAUUAAAAAAGACAUUUAAAUGAACAUUCUGAUGUAGGAACCUUAUCAACCUCUACAGACAAAGAAUAAUGGAAAUUCAAAGGGUUCUGGAGUGGGUUGUGAGGUUAUGAGCUCAAACACAUGAGGGAGCUAAGUUAAGGCCUUUAGGAUCAUCCUCUUAUAGAGACUGCUUUCUACAUUGUGGCAGUUUGAGGAAUCUGUGUCUUCUAACUUGAUUAUAUGUUGAUAGUGAUUAAUUGUAAGUUGGCUUUCCAGGGGAGGGAGUAGAAGUAUGAACAGAAAAUAAACAGAGCAAGUUUCGGCAGGAAGGUACUGGUUCUCUGGCCAGCCAGGGUUGUUUAGUUCCAUAGGGAAGGGCUUAAGCAGAAAGCUGAACUGUGCUUAAUGGCUAUUGCUUUGCUGUUUGUAAGGGGUAGGAGUAACAGAGAGGUGGGGCUUCAGGAUAGUUAUGUAUAUGCAGUUGGUAUGCUGUAGGUGAUUAGGCAUAUAGAUGAGGCUUUUUGCAAAUUGAAAUUCCCUUUGCCAGUCCAAGUCAAACUUUAUGUUGAACCAGUGAGACCUUUGGUUAACCUGGUGCUGUUUAUUCCAUCUGAAACAAUUUGAAUCUGUACAGUGGUACCUCGGGUUAAGAACUUAAUUCGUUCUGGAGGUCCGUUCUUAACCUGAAACUGUUCUUAACCUGAGGUACCACUUUAGCUAAUGGGGCCUCCUGCUGCCGCCGCGCCGCCACCACACAAUUUCUGUUCUCAUCCUGAAGCAAAGUUCUUAACCCGAGGUACUAUUUCUGGGUUAGCGGAGUCUGUAACCUGAAGCGUAUGUAACCCGAGGUACCACUGUACUUUGGAACAACGCAAGCGACCUCUAAGACUUCCCAUUGGAACUCAUACAGUGGACAUACGUCUCCUUUAUGCUACAUUCUUCCUUCACUACUGUACCUGAGUGUAACCUGAAAUUAUCUUGCUGUGCACCCACCCAACCUAUUAUGCACUGUGCCACAGUAUUGAGGCACAGAUGUGCAGGGUUCUCAGUUUUUGCUGUAGCCUCAGCAUGCUUCAGUUAAGUCAUACCUCAGGCAAGCAGUCAUUCAUUUAGAGCAGGAUUCCUCAACUUUUUGCCCUGCAAGUAUUUUGAACUACAACUCCCAUCAGCGCCAGCACGGCUGGUGGUCAGAGAUACUCUUCUUCUUUGGCGAUCACUCGUAGCCGAGUAAGAUUGUCUUCCAUAAACAUGGUUUUAACAGUGAGUCCGUAAGUGACUGUGGAGGCCAAUUCUGGAUCCACACAUCCUUCCACAGUGGGGACAUUGGUUUCUGGGCGAGAGUUGAUCACGGUCAGGGAUACUAAGGAGUUGCAGUCCAACAACAUCUGAAGUGUGCCAUGUUGCGGAAGGCUGAUUUAGAGGGAUUGGAAAUGUUGAUAGUUGAUAAUUCCAAUGACUUUGCUGUUUAGAUCUGAAUAAGGAAGACAGAGGUGGUUGGGUCAUGUUCACUUGACAGCUUCCAUAGCUGCUAGAACUUUAACUAAUGGAAAGGUUUUGUAUGUUGUAUGUGCCAGGUUUGCACCUCUAGCUGUAUUCUAAAUCAGAACUAAAAAGUAGUAUCAAGUUGGCAUAUUUCAAUCAGACACAAGCUCAAGACCAUUCUCAAGUUAAUCCUUGUCACUUGGUAGGUUUAUUUCACAAAACUUAGCCAAGUAAUUUCCCAGGAUAUUUCUGGUUAUCAUUAAAUAGUAGGAGCAGAACAGUGGCUGGAUAGCCCUUCUGCAGAGCAAUUCCUCAGACCCGAGGUGGUCAUUGUGGCACUUGUUAGGCACAGUAGCACCCUUGGGAUCUCACAAGGUGCACUCCCUCGCAAUGAUGACAAAGAGGUGGGGCUCCUUUUUCUCCCAGAGAACAAAUAAGAGAGUAGGAGGGAGAAAGGAGAUCUGGGUGGUUAGAGGGAUGAAAAUAUCAUUGUUGGGGUGCAGGGAGAAGGAUGUGAGGGCGAUCUGGCUGCGACAUCUGUCACCCCAUUGGUCGGCAGGGAAGGAGAUGGGGUGCUACAGGAGUCAGGAGAGAAUGAAGUACCAGAUACAGAGAAGGCUUGCAUGUGUUUGCACAUGCACACUAGAUCCUGUGAAAUGAAUGCUAUUGAAAAUGCAUGAUUUUUUCCACAGCUUCCCUCUCCCCCAAAUCAACAUCAAUUUGCAGAUCAUUUCUGUCUCCAUUGACUGAAUAAUAAAAAUCAUUGUUUCAGUGUGCUUUAGCACUGCCCAGGUGCAUAAUCAUGGAUCUAAGGCAGGGAACCUUAUGUAUCAUAAGUUUUACAAGGGAUCAUCUCAAAACUGCUAUCAAACCAUAACAGGUUAGCUCUGUGUACACUGAUGUGUUAUGUUAUUUGUUUUUUGUCCUGUGAGGCGGAUUGCUGCCUUGGAUCAAUGUUUUUGUUGUGCUGGCGAAUUCCAGAUUUACAUAUUUUUUACUGUGCAGUUUCAUACUUUCAUUUGAUAGUAGGUUUGUUUUUUUAAAACUUCAUACGCAAAAGAAUCUGUUUUAAGUCUUUUGGAACUGACUUUUACCCAGGUUCCAUGGAAUGUGUGUGCACAUGCUUUCUGUCCAGUGAGAUUCCAGCCUGGAGAGAGGAACAACCCAAGUUAGUAGUACCCAUGGCACUCACUGAAAAUUCUGAAUGGACCAACAAAGACUGGCUGUUUAUCUAAUGGGGGAGCCUGUAAGGCUAUCUCAGUCUGUCCAGUUAAUAAAAAAACAAUAAUCUGUUCUUUGAAAUUUUCCUAUGACACCCUUUUCCUUGGUCUCCCAAGUAUAUCUUCCAUCUUCUCUAUUCUUAUCAACCCAUUAUCUACAUUUUUCUUGCGUUGGUUGUUAAGCAUUAUACAGUGGUGCCUUGGGUUACAGAUGCUUCAGGUUACAGAUGCUUCAGGUUACAGACUCCGCUAAUGCAGAAAUAAUACCUCGGGUUAAGAACUGCUUCAGGAUGAGAACAGAAAUCGUGCGGCGACGGCACAGCUGCAGUGGGAGGCCCCAUUAGCUAAAGUGGUACCUCAGGUUAAGAACAGCUUCAGGUUAAGAACGGACCUCCAGAAUGAAUUAUGUUCUUAACCCGAGGUACCACUGUACUUUACCUUUAUUUGUGACUUGUCAACUUCUGUAAAUUAUGACUUGCUGGAAACACCCCCCCCCCCACUUAGUUGUAAUUUUUAUUGAUGUUAUUCAAAAUAUCAGUAAAGUUUGUUAAAGCUGUAACCUGAUUCAAGAGGACUAAUUUUUGGUACUCUGUGGGCCAAUAAUGUAGUGAGGAAACGAGCAAAUUGAAUGUUUGGGAUGUCUACUGAGGUGUAAAUGAUAUUUUUAUCAUAGAAAGCUAUUAGAAUGAAUGUCAGAUAGCGUUCGUGCUUUGGAACAAACAGAAAACUCAUUUCACUGUUCAAUGUAUUAUGUGAGAUUGGUGAGGCAUCAAACUGCCUUAAUCUUGUGGAAGUGGAGGAGACCAGAUAAAUCUUUGUAUUUGGACCAGUUUAAGUCAUAUGGGCAAGGGUGGCAGAUGAGUCAAGGAGUAACUCAUACUGCAUUUUUAAUAAUACACUAUCCUGGUGUUGGAAAGCUAGAAAACAGAGGGAUAUGCUCUAAUUUGGAAGGGAAGAAAGAAGACUAUAAAUGCAUGCCUUUGUCUCAUUAUAGCAUGUUUACUAGUAGCUACCCAUCUCCUGUUUCUUUCUUACAAUUAGUUUCUUCCACUUUUCAUUUUGACCAUAUAUGCCUACACACAUGUCAUCCAGAGAAUUUUCCUGAGGAAUUGUGUGGGUUAGAAGUGCCUUGGGUCAAAUGUAUGCUGCUACUCUUCCUUUGAAUCCUGUCCAUUUUUGGCUUAGGGCUCUUUUACAGGGUUCUUGAGUAGAGAGUAUGCAGGGGGAAAGCAGAAAUAUGAAUUAAGCCUCACACCUGGGUUUUUUUGGUUGCUCAUUAUAACCCAUAAAAGGGCCGUUAGAUUCUGAUAUGCUUUUAGGUUCAUAAUUACAAUAUUUCGUGCCUUAUGCAGAAAUCACUUUAGUACAAAACUAAGACAUAUUUAUUUGCUUUAUAAUUGUUAAUAAUACUUGUUCAUGUUAGACUUGCCAACACGUGAUCAGAGUUGCAUGGUGAGAAGGCGACUCGAGCCUAUAGCUUAUGUUCUAAGGAUGUGGGAUGCGCUGUGGUCUAAACCACCGAGCCUCUUGGGCUUGCCGAUCGUCAGGUCGGCAGUUCAAAUCCGCGUGACAGGGUGAGCUCCCAUUGCUUUGUUCAGCUCCUGCCAACCUACAAGUUUGAAAGCAUACCAGCACGAGUAGAUAAAUAGGUACUGCUGUGGUGGGAAGGUAAAUGGCAUUUCCAUGCGCUCUGGUUUCUGUCACGGUGUACUGUGCACCAGAGGCAGUUUAGUCGUGCUGGCCACAUGACCCGAAAAGCUAUCUGCGGACAAACGCCAGCUCCCUUGGCCUGAAAGCAGGGUUGAGUGCCGCACCCCACAGUUGAAUUUGACUGGACUUAACCACCCAGGGGUCCUUUACCUUUCUAAGUACAUUCUCUAGCCUGAGAAAUUAGUAAUAGGGUUAUUAUAACAUGCUUAUAGCCCAUUUUGCCAUGUUUAAUAACACUAAAGACAACUUACAGCAUAUUCUUUUUGAAUUUCAGCAUUUAUUUUUAAAAAAUGGCAAGACAGCAGAUAAAAAUAAUUUAAAAAAUCAUUCUUCGGGUAACUGGCACUAUAGCUUUAGCUUGACAAGCAAAAGUUUGCAAGCAAAAGUAUUGGCUAGCAAAGGUUUAUGCAACUCAAACCGCUCUAGGUAGGCCAUUGCAUAGCCUAGGAACUACCACAAAGUGGCUUUUCCUUGUCCCCACUAGACACUUCAACUAUUGAUGGAAUGCAGAGAAAAGCCCCUCUGCUAGAUUUUAUGAAUAAGAAGACUCAGGGCUUUAAAGGCAAAAAACAGGUUGUUGUUGUUUUAAUUGUCCCCAUAAACAGGCCAGAAGCCAGUGUAGCUGUUGUAAUCGCAUACUCCCAAGAAAUUAUUCCAGUCAAUACUCAAAGUUGCUGCAUUCUAGACCAGCUGAAGUUCCUGGACAUUUUAGAAGCAGCUCUAUGGAGACGGCAUUGCAGUAAUUCCCUCUAGGUGGUAAUUAAGGCAUGUUAUCUUGGCCAGAUAUGAUCUCUCUAGGAAUGGAUGGAGCUGGCACACCGACUGAAACUGUGCAAAAGCAUUCUUGGCAACAGCUGCUCCCCAAGAACCCAGGAGGAAAACUGGAUCUGGAAAUGUGAGCCAGAGUUUUCACAGGGAGUUCUGCCUGUCUGAGUGGCUGAUUUCCAAUACCAUCAAUUAACCCUAGUUCAAUUUCUCUGCUGUCUGCAUAAGAUCUCAUAAAAAAUGGUAUUGGGUUAUUAUUUUUAUUUUAUACAUUGUGAUCUUUUCUGUGAACCACCCCGAGACCUCCGGGUAUAGGGCGGUAUAUAAAUUGAAUAAAUAACAACAACUAGUACUACGACUACUCAUUCAUUUAUCCAGGGACUUUCAUGUGCACUCCUGAAUUUAGAAAACAAACGCAAAACAAUUUUGUAUGGUACCAAGUCCUCUCUCUUACUUGAAUGCAUAAAGCCGUGUUUCUCAAACUUGAGUCCCCAACAACUCCCAACAACCACUGGUCCUGCUAGCUAAGGAUGAUGGGAGUUUUAGUCCAACAAUAGCUGGGACCCAAGUUCAAGAAACACUGACAUAGAGCCUGUUGUAUAGUGGUCAUCUAAACCAACCCCACUUAGUAACCUUCUAGUUGUAUGUACAUCAGUGUUGGACAGUGUUUCAUAUUGAUUAGUAGUAUUGACUUUGUCAUUUCUUCCCAAGCUCUUCAGAAUGUUUCUAUUUCAUAUUAACGGCUUACAUUGGAAAUUGUGUUGAACUACAGUAAAUUGGCAAGCUCAACACUCCUUUGGUCACAGUGAAUCCACUAAACCAGUAUGAAGGUUGAGGCAACUGCAUAAUCCCAGUCAAUUUUUUCACAGAAUUGUAGCACCACUCUAUAGUGCAAACUUUUAAUUCUUACAGUACUGACUAACUUGAAACUUUAGCACUUUCUUCAUUUCUAUGAAGGUACAAUGCAGAGAGCUUUGGGUCAUUUUCUCUAGAGUAGCUGACUUUGCCACGUGGGUUUUUUAAUUAGUCUGUACAAAAAUAGUGUUGGGACUCUCUUCAGAAAUAGCUUGUUACUUUACCUAUAGUUAUAAAGAAACCUGUGUGUCUCCUGGAUGUUGUGAGUGCAAAAUCUCAGAUUUUUUUUACCCAAACUUGAUGAUUUGGAUACAGGCUAAAGUAAAAAUGUUUACUGACAAGAGCAUUUGCCAUGCCUGAUCAUGCAUAAUAAGGUGAGUCAAGUUGACUACUUCUGAUAGGUCAGUGAAGUACCCAUUACUUAGUGGUAGAUUGUGCAAAAACAAAUUAUUUGGCUUGAUGAGCAGGACUUUACAUUUCCAGGAUGGAAUUCGUAAGUGGGGCAUUUCUCAGAUGGAGAGGGAUUUUUUUUUUUAUUUCAUAAAUAAUGAAAUUAUAGCACGUUUGAAAACAAUUGCCAAUCAAAUUAUUUAGGCAAUAAUUAUUUAGGCAGUAUGCAUUUUCAAGUCCCUGUGUGUGUGUGUGCUACUAGAAUAGGCAGAUCGUAGAGUCAAACAGAAUUGCAUUGUAAAUCCUAUGGGAGGAAUUGCGCUAACAUGAAACUUACAGUAGUGCAAGCAGUUGAGCUUGCCUGAUGGAAUGUUCUCCCUUCUCUUCCUUGUGUACUGUUCUGGGGGUUCUCCUGACCGUGGGAACAAGUUGUGGGAGCAUACAGGGAGGUAACACUGUGGCACUGGUAAAAGUCUUUCCAUAGGCUUAUACUAGUGGGAUUAAUUCGUUGAAUCUGGUCUUAAGUGUACAGGACGAUGAUUUUCCCCAUUGUAUCUUGCAUGUAUGAAUGGUAGACAAAUAUAUCACAUAACUUGUCAUGAAGUAGUGAUCCUGUGAGCAAGUAUCACUGGGUGGGGCCCCUCAGGCAGGUGGUAACAAUUAGUCCCCAAAGUAGGAGCAUUUGAUGGGGCUGUCUGGUUGCCAGCAUUCCCCAGCCCCUAUAAAUAUUCGUGUUAACCUGCCGGGGAAGAGAGAGAACCUGCCAUGUUUUAGACUUGCUGUUUGAUGUUCUAUAGCUGGUGCCAGAAAAUAACCCAAUAAAGCCUGGUAACCCGUUCGGUGCCUGCAUGUGAUUGGUUAGCAGCUUGGAGGGAGGACUCAGGAAAGCAGCUUCCUCCUUGACAUUUCUAGUCCAAAACAGCUCUCUUUCUUGAGCUCAAGAUACUAAAGUCUACAACUUCUAUAAUUUGAGAUGGAAAAUGGUUAUUCUGAUUCUUGCAGGGCUAUCUAAGCUUGUGAAGUACAGUUCUUCUGGUAGUGUUGCCUCAAGGUUUUUUAAAAAUAGAUCUAGAUAGUCCUAUCAUCAGCUCUACCCUUUAUUAGAUGUAUCCAGGUUUCCCCCUCUAUCCUUCCUAGAAGCAGCAAACUUGCUUUAGAUUAUGAGAUCUUCAACAGCCAUGGUAGGGUGUGAUAUCAUAACUUGAGUCUAUAAAUAACUUCCUAGGCUGUACACAGGCUGCUUACAUUCCAUUGCCCUAAAGGAGAUUUAAGUAGCCUGUGUUCAGAAUUGGAAAAUAAUUAGUAACUACACGCUAGACGGAAAUGUACCCUACUAAGAUCUGGCACCUGGGUCACUUCUGGCACCCUUAGUGAGCAGCAUGAGCCAUUUUACUCUCACAAAAAUGUGUUCCUGCCUUGUUUGUGAAACAAAAGAUAAAAUCUCAUCUUCUCUGUUUGCUAAAGGUGCUAAAUGUCCCCGCAGGCUAGACUUUGGUGUGUAUAACAAAAUUUGUAUGCUGUUCACUUGUCUUUAUCUCCCGGAUAUCAUAGGAUCAGCACCAGUGAUAGAUACCGGUAGUUGCUGAGUGAACAAGUAUAUGUUGUUGCUGUGCCAGCACAUAGGAAAUUGGAAGUAGUAAUAGUAAUAUUUAGGAUUACCACUUCAAGAUAAUGAUGAUGAUCAUGAUUAUAAAACAAAAUUUCCAAAUGCAGUAAAUAAAUCAAACAGAAAUACUUCAUACUAACAGUCAUAAAAGAGCACCAUCAUAUAUAGUCCAUGGUGGGAUGCAAGGUUCAUAUUUAUACAGAGUAGACAUUUGCCAGAUAUAAUAAUAUUUUAGUAGGAAUGUGCCAACCAUGAUAUGGUUUGGUUAUAUAAAUAACAAACCACUCCCACAUUACAAGUCUGAGGGGUCUGCAACCCCCCCCCCCCCGCGGCACAUAUCAUAUGGGUCAGUUUUCCAGAGAUGGCAGUAAACAUGUCUCUUUAAAACCAUAAGACCAAAGAGUAGCAAGAUGACUCCUUCUAUGCUUGACAGAUAACUAAACAAGCACUCACCAGCAGAUAUAAAAUUUGUUGUUGACAAAUAAUAUCAUCAUUAACACCAUCAAAAAUGGAUAAAACACAUAACUUAGCAUCCAAAGUGACCUGUUUGCCAAUAAUAAUACUAAUUUCUGUUGCAGCCCGCUUUCAGAAUUUAUGUUAUAUCCCCACUACAUAAUGCUAGCAUUUUCCUCAUCUCUUAUAACCCUGCCAGCAUUAGGGGGAGACCAGAUCUUACAGUAUCAGCUAGUCGGACUGGGGUUAAAAACCAGUGGUGGACCACCUUCAAAAUAUCCUCUUGAAUGUUAGCUGACAUGGACCUAAAGUGGGUGAGUGGACCAGAUCUUAAGCCAUUGAGAAUCUUUCAGUUCACCUGUAGGGUCCAUCUCCCACAUUGAUUUCCAAGUAGCAUGCAGAGAGAAAUGGGAUUGUAACAGUAACUGUAUAUCUAUGAGAGACCCUGCUUUUUGGACCACUUGCUACAUCCAGAUGUUCAUAACAUCGUUUUGUGGCUGGACAAUGCACCACAGGAUCUUUCAAGAUGAUGUUAAUCUUGGGGAUGUGAAGCCAGUCUAAGCCUGAAUCUUUCAAACUUUCCAAGAGUUAUAAUUCUGUAAGUGGCACAUUUUUUAAAUAACAGACUUGCAAGUGGUGAAUUCCCACUAUAUAAAGAAUAAUAGAUAUAACAGAUUUAUAUUGGGCCUGAACUUGUGCUAUACAGGGAAAUGGGAUUAAGGUUCAGGGUGUGGAGGCUAAUUUCUCAAACCAUCUGUUCCACACCUCAAUAGUACAGUGUGUUGAAAGGAUUGGAAAGAGACUUCCUUGUCAACCUCAUCUGGGGCAAAAGCGGAGGUUACAGUUAAGAGCAGGCAUCCCCAAACUCUGCCCGCCAUAUGUUUUGGGACUACAACUCCCAUCAUCCCUAGCUAACAGGACCAGUGGUCAGGGGUGAUGGGAAUUGUAGUCCCAAACAUAUGGAAGACCGAGUUUGGGGAUGCCUGGUUAAAAGGGAGGAAAGAGGAGUCUCAUGCCCCCAGCAUGCCCCAGGAUGUUACUAAAAUCAUAGGAAUGAUCUGCUGAAGUUGGAGGGCAUUUUGUUUUGGCACCCACGACCCAGGUUCCAGGAGCCUUUGGGCAAAUAGUUUCUAACACUGCAUUAGAGGUGUCUAAAAUGUACGUUUUACGAAGCAGAAGUGGAUAGAGAUAGGCCUUUGCCCUCUCAUAUUACGCUAGAACUUAGGGUUAUCCAGUGAAGCUGAAACAUGGGAGAUUCAGUAGAGGAAAAAAGGAAGUGCUGCUUCACAUAGUGCAUAGUUAAACUACAGAAUUCACUCACGACUUUAAAAAGAAGUUAGAUUGAUUCCUGGGGGAUAAAGCAAUCAAAUCUUGAUGGUUAUAUACUCCUUGCAGGAUCAGAGGCAUGUGUCUUUGAAUAUCAGUUGCUGAGGAACAACAGCUGGAGAGGGCUAAUCCCUUCAUGUCUUGCUUGUAGGCUUCCCAUAGGCAUCUGGUCCUGGGGGUGGUGGAAUGGAAUGCAGGACUAGAUGAGCUUUUGGUCUGAUCCAGCAGAGCUCUUUUUAUGUUCUUACUAUCCAUGGCAAUUGUCAAUCCAUGGAGUUUUUCCAUCCUAGGAGAGGUUCUAUUUCUACCUCCCUCUGAUAUUUUAAAAGAUUAAAAGAGUCCAGAUCUUGACUGUUCUUCCUUCCAUGACGCUUAAGGUCUGAUUCAGAAGGUCUGGGGUGGAGUGUAGACUUGCCUAGGUGGACUUUCAGCUACAGCUUGGAGUCGGUUAUAUGUAUUUGUAAUGGUAUGGAAAAAAGCUGGUUUGCAUGAAGCUCUUGCACAGGCCAUCAACAUUCUCAUACACAGGUCUUUGUGUUGGGGUCGGCUGAAGACAUUUUGGCACCUGGGGCGAACCACACAAUGGCGCUCCCCCCAACACCUACACCAGGGAAGAAGGAGUGAGUGAAGAUCCACAUCAGGAACAAGAUGGGGGGUGUCAAAUCAACCCCAUCAGAUGGCUGAAGUGGGAACCAAAGCCACCUCACAUUGCCCCACGGGCAGGCCAGCCCUGUAUGGAAUGGUUAUGGCUGGAAAGUCAUACAAGUAGAUACAGCUGCAGUCACCAAAAAGAGCUUCACAGAUUUGCUCACCGUGAAAUGUAUUUGGCCUACUUUCACUGUGGCCCAAGAAACGGCUGUGCCACUGUGGUUAACUGGAAGAUGUGCAUGAGAAACCACGAAGCAAAAGCUGCUCCUUUUUUGUAAUUGUGAAGAAAAUGUUUCCUUCAAUUAACUUGAAAGCUGGCCUUUGGAUAUGGGCUACUUCUUAGCAGUUGGAUAUGAUGUCAUUGGGUUAAGGUGCUUGUGUUAUCUAGGUUUAUUGUGCUUUAAGAUCAGGGAGGCGGUGUGCUAAUUGGGAAGUAAGUAGCUUCAGCUGUGGGGAAGUGCAGAGCCAAAGUACCAGAAAGUUCUAACUUCAAAACCUCCUACAGGUAAUUGGUUCUGGGGAGUCACCCUACUUACUAUCCUUUUUACGAUAAAGCUAAGCUUACUCCUGAUCUGUUUUUAUUACGUCGUCUCUCUCUGUCUAAUAGGCUAUAACUGGUAAUGUCAAUGCCCUGCAGUUUGUAUAGGGUUGGGAGACAUUAGCAUUGUUAUUUUAUUUGGGUUUAUAAUUUCUAACCACUUUGUGAAUUUGAUUUUCUAACGGUAGUUCUUAUGUUGGGUCCCAUUUUGUGCUGCUAUCUUUAGUUUUGCUGUUUAUCUUGUUAAAAAAUAUUAUUUAUUAUUUAGUAGGUGUCGCUCUACUUGGUCUAAAUCCACUUCCUAACUUGCUUGCUCACUUGUGACUAAAUAAGUUUGCGACCCUGAGACUCGGGCAGCAGAAAGCCUUAGUUUUGGCUCUUGUUUCUCUGGAAUCCUACUGGUGUCUAGUAAUGUCUGAGAGCCUCCUGACACAGGCUGGACAGAAGGAGUGGUAGCAGUGUAAGUUGCAGGGUUGAUGUUGCAGGACCAAGUGGCUGAAUCACCAAGAUCUGAAUUCUGGGUUUGGGGAACUGGACUUGACUGUAAUCAGCUGCGUAACUUGAGAAGAGUAUUUCUUAAUAAAAGGAAAGUAUAUGGGGUUUUCUUUUGGUGAGGGGGAGGUGAUUUGAAAUUAAUGAUCCACAAGAUUUUGGGGAGGGUUUUUUAUUUAAAAAAUAACUGUUUAUGGUGCUGAAUGGGGACCACUAGAAAGGGCCACAGUGAAUUCAAAGUUGCUUGUGCAGAACAGUAUCAGGAAGGUCUGACUGCACUUGUGCUUGAACAUAGAACAGCGACAUGAGAAAUACAGGUAAACUGUGGCUUAAAAGAGGUACUAGGGGCUCUCGUGCAGCUCAGUGUUAUCUCUUGAACAAGUUAAGAAAGUGAAUAGAAUGGAGCACACAUGUGAAAAUGGUGAACUUUUAGGUAACAAUCUGCUUCCUCCCAGCCACAACAAAGGUGUAAAGAGCCUUGGAGAGGAAUGGUUGGCUCAGAUAACGCUUGUCAAAGGUGGUAAGGAAAGCUCACCAUGCAGGAAGGUGAAGUGGCUGGAAGGACUAAAAUGGUUAAGUUAGGCUAUCUGUAGAAUCUGCCACAAGAGGGUGUUACAGUGCUUAUUUCCUAAAGGUACCAGUUGCAUCAAGCAUACUUGCAGUGUGUAAAACCUAUGAUUUAUACUAAUCCUUUUGAGGAAACUUUAAAUCGGUUCCAACUACCAAAAUCAUGCGCCAUCCAUUAGCUAAUUUCUGUGUUCAUAGAAUUUUAACACUUACUGCUACUAACUUGAGAGUUCAGCAACAUUCGCCAAAAGUGGUAUUCAGGUACUAGUCAGAACUUCAUAUGUUAAUAUACAUAUAAUACAUCAAAGCUGUUAGAAAUGAAACAAUUGGAACAAACAUAAUAAGAUUAAGUGUAUAAGAUCAAUAGAAAGUUUCUGAACUUUUUUCAAAAAUAGAAAGGAUAUAGGAACUGCUUAAAGACCAGAAGAGGCAAUGGGGCUUGGCAGAGUUGUCACAAGGGAAUUCAAGUAUGAGACACCACUGAAAAGACUAUCUUUGGUACCUGUCAAUGGACUAGACAUUUACAGUAGGGGCUGUAGAUAGUGAUCUGUCCGGGACAGUGGAGUCAUAAAGCCCUCAAACCCUAUUUACAAGUACCAGUACCUUCUCUUCCCCUCUCCUCCCCUUGGCCUUCCUGAUCAGAACAGAAAAAUUGUCAAUUGCAUGUCUUGCCACAUGUUUUGUACUAGAUAUCGGUGGCAACAGGCCCAUGGUUUCCUUAGAGGCCAUGAAUUCCUGAGCAGUCCCAGGCAGAAAGGCUUCAGUAUGGAAGUAUUUGAAGAUGAUCAGCGUUGAAGAUCUCAGGACCACCCUAAGACCAUCUCAGCCUGAUCAUGCAGAGAGACUGUUAGGCAGUGGUGUGAAUGGCGCAUUAACAGAAUCCCAAUUAGGUCUCGAGAGCCCAGUACCAGAUACAGUUUUGAAACUGAGAGACUUCUGUGUUUUUUUUAAAAAAUAAUCUUUAUUGAACAUACAACACAAACUUAUACAACAAUACACCAUAUUAAAAAUUGUACAAACUGCAUACACAUACUUUAUAAAGAAAGGAAAGGAAAAGGGACAAGAUAAAAGAUAAAGGAUGAAAACAAAAUAAUUCUCAUUGUACUAUAUCUCAUUUUGUUAUUUUAUGCACAUCAUCUUAUUAUUAUUAUUUAUGUUCCCGGUUCUUUUCAAAAAAUUCUAUUAUUUAUCACCUAAAUGUUACAAGAGUCAGUCAAGGUCUGCCAGGAGGUUUUUGCUAUCACAAUAAUUUUUCAAAUACUCUUUAAAUACAAUCCAUUCUUUAUUCACCUGUGAAACUGAGAGACUUCUGAGUGGGAUAUUUGGACAGAAGAAAUGUAUCCUUGUGGACAACAAUAGCCACUCCUCACUCAUAGAUCACCCAGUUGAUUUAAGAAUUACUCUGUUUUUAAGCGUAUUUAACUGAGAGGGGAUUUUUUGCCUUGGAGGCACCCAGCCAAAUGAGGGAAAUGAAAAUAUUCUGUUGCUGACUUGGAUACCAAGAAAGAGGAGAGGUACCUCCUUUUUCUCCAGGUAAGUAUGUAAGAGUUGGUAAUGUAACUCUUCAGCCCAGACAGAAGUGGGGAAAUGAGGCAACAAUAUGACAGUAAUGCUAGAAUUGGGACAUGGGAGGAAAAGAAGUGGGUGGGAGGUUGUCAUGGUAAGGAGAGAAAAUGCACGCUAGCAAGAAGCUCUUCACUGGCUAAACUGGGUGCAUAGAGUUUCUGGACAUAGUUGCUUACAUUGCUCAUUAGCAGUCCUUAAAAUCUUGCUAUCUUUUUCUCUUGCAGAGUAUUAUAAUUGAAGGAGCGUCUGUUACACUUGUGGGAAAACAUACUUCAUAUUUGGAUUAUUAUAGUUACUGUUUCAAGACGGAGGAGGACUUCACAACACCACCCAGAACUGGAUUUUCACCCUAG